AACCAGGAUCUUCCUCAUCUCCUGACCGUGUGGCCAUAAAAGAAAAGUUAAAUAAUAAAAGAAUGAAAAUAAAUUAUUCAUUAUUAAGAAGUACUUUAAGAUUGAAAACUUUAUUCACACAUGAUCUGAUCAGCAGGACCUCAAUGACUCAAGUAUCGAUGUUUUCAGUUGGGAAUCGAUUUUAGAGCUAGUAUUGGAAGUAUCGAUAUUCCAGUAUCGGUCCGCACAUCACUCCUAGACUCAAGUUUCACACGCAUGGCGCACACGCACACGCACCCAAUGCAGCGUAGUGUUAAGAAAGAGCGAGCCAGUAGGCUGCCGUUCAUUGCGUGCUUGGAGGAAUUUGUUGUCAAGUGUGGAGGACUAGCUUGGACAUGACGCAGCACCGCCGGCACACAGCAACAUCAUCGUCAUCAUUUCACUGGAUCAUCUUCCCCAUCCUGCUGCUGUCAUCACGAGCUGAUGGCCAAGGUCGUCUUAAGCUGACGGUGCUGUCAGAGGACAGACUGCAGAUGAAAUGGAAGGAGGCUGACAGUCCCAUUCAGGCCUACAAGGUCCGAGUCAGACCCAUCUCAGACAUUCCCCAGCCCGAGCUCAUGUUGACCACCACGCGGGGCCGGGCCACUGUGGCAGGACUGGACCCUAGUCAGGAGUACGCCCUCCAGGUCCUCAUGCUCAACGGGACCACGGAGAAACUACUGGCAAAGCGACGAUUCACCUUGGAAGGUCUGCGUGGCGAGGAGAUAGUCCGCAGCGGCCAGAGGAGGAAGGUGCUGCCAGGUGGGUCAGGAUCUGGAGACCUGGACGACGUGACGGAGGCUGUGGUGGGUCUGCCUACGGUCCUCUAUCCAGACACGAAUGCAGAGCCACCAACCAUAGAGCCCCCCCCUCCGCCCCUGGAUGAGACCCCAGACAAGUCCAGCAAGGAGAAGAGGAAGAGGAAGAAGGACAAAGAGCGUUCCAAGGUGGACACAAAGGAGGAAGAGGAGAGUGAGGAGAUACCUUCUCCUACUCAGCCACCUCCAGGUGGCGUUCCAAAGAAGCCGUUGGUGUGCGACACUGACGCGGCGGCGGACAUUGUGUUCUUGGUGGACGGCUCGUGGAGCAUCGGACGCACAAACUUCAGGCGGGUCCGGGACUUCCUGGAGGGGCUGAUGACACCCUUCCGCAUCGGGCCCGACCACGUUCAGAUCGGACUGAGCCAGUACAGCGGAGACCCUCGGACGGAGUGGCAGCUCAACAACUUCAGCAGCAGAGAGCAGUUGGUGGAGGCCGUCAGGAAUUUCAGAUACAAAGGAGGAAACACGUUUACAGGCCAGGCGCUGCUUCAUGUCAUGGAGGAGAACAUGAGGGCCGAGGCAGGCGCCAGGGCGGACACGCCCUUUUUCCUGGUGCUCCUGACAGACGGCAAAUCUCAGGAUGACGCCGUAGCGGCCGCCAAGCAACUGAAGAGCGCCGGUGUGGAGAUCAUCGCUGUAGGUGUUAAGAAUGCAGAUGAAGCUGAGCUGAGGCACGUAGCAUCUGAGCCAGUGGACCUGAACGUCUACAACGUCAACGACUUCCCUUUGCUCGGCAAACUGGUGGCCCGACUGGUUCACAUCCUGUGUGGGCGCAUAGAAGAUCACGGCAUCAGAAAGCCUCCAGACGUAGAACCAGAGCCCACAGUAGAACCAGCUAUCUCUUACCCGAGUCCCACUGAGCUCCGCUUUUCUGAGCUGGGCCCCGGAGAAGUGAGGCUACAUUGGAGCAACCCCACUGAGCCAGUCCAACAGUACCGGGUGGUUUACCACAGCGCGGAGGGACAAAGUCCUCAGGAGGUGGUGUUGGCUGGCUCCCAGUCGUCAGUGCAGCUGCAAGGCCUCGCCUCUGAGACGCUGUAUCACGUGUCCAUUUUCCCCGUGUACGAAGACCACGUCGGCCUGGCCCUCAGAGGAACUGUCACCACACUACCACUGGCCACGCCCAGCAGCCUGGAGGUGACGCCGUCCUCCUACAAUGCGCUGCGAGUGAGCUGGAGUGCGGCGUCCGGGGCCACAGAGUACCUGGUCCUCUACUCAGCCCUCGACCACGGUGAGCCCGAUGAUGCCAAAGAGGAGAAGCUCGGUGCUGAGAAGACAGUGUUGGAGCUGAGCGGCUUGCUUCCUGCCACGGACUACUCUGUCACACUGUACGCCCUCUACCAUGAAGACUCCAGCGAUCCCGUCACUGCUGUGGCCAGCACCUUUCCUCUUCCUGCGCCGGUGGGCUUGCACUUCCCGGUGGUGACCCACAGCACUCUGAGGGUGAGCUGGCUUCCUGGAGACAUGGAGGUUCCUGGACACACCGUCACCUACAGCACCAACCACGGCAGUGAAGUCAAGCAGGUGGAGGUAUCAGGACAGAACUCGGUGCUGGUGCAAAACCUGUCUUCACUGUCCAGAUAUCGUGUGUCGGUCCAGUCUCGCUACCCACAAGGCCUUUCUGCAGCCCUCACCAGUAACGUCAGCACCUUGAAGGUGCCCUCCCCGUCAGACCUGAGGGUGACCAACUUCUCCAGCAGUGACAUCACAGUACGCUGGCAGGCUGCCGCAGAUGACGUCAUCUCCUACCUCAUUAAGUGGAUCUCCCUCAGUGGAGGCCACUUGAGACAGCUGACGGUGAGUGGAGAGAGUGAAGGUGCCAUCCUGGAGGGCGUGGAGGACGAUGAGGAGUACCAGAUCUCUCUGUCGGCGCUGUACGGAGACGGCGCUCAAAGUGAAGCUGUGGCCGUGCGCUACAGCACGACGUCUGGAGGAGGUCCGUCCAGCGUGUCCAUCUCAGAGGAGACGCCGGUCAGCUUCACGGUCAGCUGGGUCCCGCCCAACGCUCAUGUCCUGCAGUAUCGUGUUUCGUAUGCCGCACUGACAGGCGGCGACCACCAGGACGGCGCUGUGUUGGUCCCCGGUGGAGAAAAGCAGGUGGUGCUGGACUCCUUAAGGCCAGACACGAGAUACAGCAUCCUGGUCACUGCAGAGUACCGCAACAAAGAGGGGGGCAGUGCUUCAGCUCAGGGAAAAACCACCAGCCUGCGAGUCAGCAGCGUGAGCGUGGUGCGCUCAGACCACUCCAGUAUCUGUGUGUCCUGGAGACCCCUGCCGGUGGUGGACGGCUACCGCGUUGUUCUUCAGUCGGCCAAAGAUAAAGCCACGCUGGAGGAAAGGGUGGACCCGAGCGUCAGCAGUCAGUGUUUCAGGCAGCUGCAGCCGCACACGCUUUACCGCAUCAGCGUGCACUCGCUUCUCAGCUCAGCAGAGGGCGCCGCCGUCUCCAUUCUUCAUCCAACAGCUCUCGUCCCGGCUCAAAUUCCACUCAACCCUCGCCUGUACCCUGCCCACAACCAAGUGUGUCCUGAGGUCACCAUCAGAAACAACAUCGUUAAAGGCUUUGACAUGAUGGAAGCUUUCGGCCUGACCCCUAAAGAUCACUCGUCCGUGGAGGGCGUCUCUGCCGAGCCUUUUGUCUUCAACAUGCUGCCCACCUACACUUUGUACCCAGACAUCCAGCUGACACAGAGUACCAAGUUCAUCCACCCUGCGGGCUUCUCUCCCGAACACACCAUCAGCAUCACCUUCCGUUUGCUGCGGGACACGCCCACAGAACCCUUCGCCCUAUGGCAGCUCACUGAUCACCACUUCCAGCCCAAGAUGGGUGUGGUGCUGGAUCCCUCCAGGAAACAUCUUGUCUACUUCAGUCUGGAUUACAGAGGAGAAGUGCAGGAGCUGAGCUUUGAGCAGCCGCAGGUGCACAGGAUCUUCUACGGUAGCUUCCAUAAGCUGCACUUGUCAGUCAGCCAGGUGGGCGUGUCCUUGUCUGUGGAUUGCCAGCACGUGGGCGAGAGGCCCGCCCGCCCUCUGGGCAACCUACCCACCGACGGCUUUGAGAUGCUGGGGAAGCUGGUGAGGAGUACAGGACCCAAAAGUGGAUCUGCUCCGUUCCAGCUGCAGUCGUUUGAGAUGGUGUGUAACACAACGUGGGCUGCAGAGGACACCUGCUGUGACCUGCCAGGAGGGAGAGAUGAAGAAAGUUGUCCACCUGCAGCCUACGCGUGUUUGUGUUCGUCCGAGGUUCCAGGAGCUGCCGGUUCCGUGGGCCCGCCUGGCAAGGCCGGCCCCCGUGGUGUGAAAGGAGAGAAGGGUGAGCAAGGUCACAAGGGGGAGAUGGGACCUCCAGGGAAGAGUGGACUUGAGGGCGGUGUUGGAGCGGUGGGCAGCAGAGGGCCCAGGGGGAUGGCGGUGCAAGGCAAAGCAGGGCCACCUGGGGAAAGAGGCCAAAAGGGGGACGCUGGAAGACCUGGACUUCAGGGUGUACCAGGACCUCCAGGCCCAAAGGGGAAUGAGGGCCCCCCGGGUCCCAAGGGCAUACGAGGUGUUGAGGGCAACAUGGGUCCCACUGGCCCCACUGGUCCCAGAGGUUUCCAAGGCAUGCCAGGACACCCAGGACCCACUGGAGAGAGAGGUUACGUUGGACUCGUGGGGCCUACGGGUCUUCCAGGGAGUAAAGGGGAGCAAGGAGAGAAGGGAGAACCUCAAUCCAUGGCUGCCAUCUUCCACAUCGUCACUGAGGCCUGUCAACAACUCAUUCACAAGGAGGUGUUGAAGAUGGACAUGUUGAUCAGUGAGAUGAGCCGUAAGAAGACUCCUGUGGAGGAGCCUGCUAGUCCCCCUGGGGAGCCGGGAAUACCGGGUCCGAGGGGCCCGCCGGGCACCAGGGGGAACCAAGGGAACGUUGGCCCCAGAGGGAGACCUGGCAGACCUGGCUAUCCUGGAGAACAAGGAAGACCCGGAAUGCCAGGGGUGAAAGGUGAUGCGGGGGUUAACGUCCAGGGGCCUUCAGGGGUGAAAGGUUACGCAGGUCCCCCAGGUGAGUCCAAGGUAGGAACCCAGGGUCCCAAAGGAGAAGAUGGUAAGCCGGGACCCCCAGGGAUCAACGGACCUCCUGGCCAACCGGGAGAGAUGGGACCUCCUGGAGUGUGUGACAGCAGUGGAGGCUGCCACAGAGCUCCUCAGCAGACAGAAGACCCGUACUAUGGCUACCAGCCAUGAGUGGCCAUUUCAAAGCAAGCGUUUGAGUUGGCUGGAGCCCAGUGCAGCCUGAGUGAAGAAGCUGUUGGACUGAUGCAGCGCUCGCAAGCAAAAUAAAAGCAGAAGGACCAUCUGUCAUAUUCCAAGGAUCAGGUGGAGGUGUAUGGUUUCAAUAAGGAAUAGUGCUGCUGUUCAAUAAAUACCGUAUCUUCCCACUUCAUCAGUUUUAUACACCAUGUUCGCACUGAAACCCCUUCUUCUGUCAUGCACUGUAUUGUAUGCCCUUUUCCUUUUCUACUCUAACCUGAACUGCCUCAAAAACAAUGACAACACAUAAUCCACGGUGUCAACUUUUUAUAUUACCAUCCGUGGUAGAAAUGACUGAGUAUGUUGUACAUGACUAUAUAUAUAUAUAUAUACACACACACACACACAUUAUGUUGACUGUAUAGUUAUUCAUCUAUGUGCUUUUGUAAGUAUCUUCAUCCUUUUUUACUUAUGUUUCAACUGGAAUAAUAAAAGUUUGGUUUGGUUUGGUUUGGUUUAGUUUAUUUGAACAUGAAGGUUACAAUGGAAUACAUCUCGUGAAUCAUUCUUUGACAGUUCCACAUGUCCAAAAGGAGUAGGAAGAAGCAAAGCUUAUUUAAUCCUACCCCCCUUCCAAUCUACAUCUUGUACAGUACAUGUUGUUCACUUCCUGCAUUCCAUGUCAUGUUUUCAGUGAUAGUCAGGAUAACACAUAAUAGAUAACGGUGAGAUAGCCCUCCCCCCAAAAAAAGAAAGAACAUUCAUAAUAAUGAUAAUAAUGAUGACAAUACUAAAUAAAUAAAUAAAUAAGAACAAAGCUUUUUCUUUUUU